AUGAAAGACACUACUGAUACCUACACCAUUGUGGUUCGGGAUAGGUUUUUCAAGCUCACCAAAGCUCAAAUGCAACGAGAUGCGCCUAAUUAUUUCACAUCUCACUUUCUUGAUUCAUCUGGCCAGUGCCUUACUCGCAUAAUGGAAAUAUCUCGCGAUCCAUUCCUGUUCGAGCUAGUCUUGAAGUACCUGAACGGCUACCAGAUCUUUCCUAUUCAUCCCACUCUUGUCCCGCCAUGUUCCACUCCAGAAACCGCAAUCGGAGACUUGCGCGCAGAUGCCGAGUUUUAUCAACUCAAAGAGCUUGUCAACUUGUGCAAAUCAAAAGAGGCACCCAAAUCUGCGCCAACAGUUCGCUUUACAUCCAGCCAAAUCGCAGUUAUCACUGGCUACUUCAACUCAACGGCCGACGGGAUCGCACCUUCCGAGAGUUUUGAGCAAUACAUCUCGCGAUUUUAUCCAACACUUUUAAGCAAAGAGCAUCACAAGGCUGCGUCGGCUGAUAUGCUUACCUUGGCUUCUGCAGCUCCUUCGCAACUGUCCCGGUUCCUGAUCGUAAACGGUUGGUCAGAACGCAUCGUCCGCACAGUAGUGAAGAGGGACAUGAGCUCUGUUGAGCGUUGGGAGCUGCUAGGCUGGAAGAGGGACGUGUCAACACCAGGUGUGCGACAUGUUAUUCUCUUUGUGAAGAUUUGGACUGCCCCUGGGUUUGCAAUCAACUGA